AUGGCAAAGACAGCAACUAUUAUUGUUAGUCUAGUUUGUUAUGUUGUUAUUGUGAUGGGUGUUGUGACUUUUGGAAGUGAGACACCCAACUUUCCACGAUCAUUUCCAACAACCUACUCGACAUUUAUCUCCUACAACAACUAUGAAAAUGGUUUCACUGUGGCCCACAAGGAAUACACCAACGCCAAGAUCAACAUGACAAGGUUCGAGUCUGGCAAUGUCACCAUUGUCGAUCUGUCACGUCAGGUCAUCUACCAGUACAACGCAAGAGAUGACAGGAUCUGCAAUCAAUUCAACUCGAUCAACGAGGCUCUCUUUAACCCUUCCUAUCUCCUCAUUCCAAUACUACUCAAUCUUACUGAGUCCUCGGACAACAUCCCCUCCUUCCAAAACUAUACAACCAUUGAUCGUGGAAUUAAUUGUACAUUGUUCACAACCACUAAAGUGACAUCAACUAGUUCAUCCAUCAUAUCUGGUGUGAGCAUCAAUGGAAAAGUUAAUGUUACCGCUGCCAACCAGUUCAACACUACAUGUUUCCCAGGUGCCAAAUUGUUGCCCACUGAUGACACUGCCAAUAUCUCUGCCAUAUGUACGAUCACCAACAUGGAUCAGGUGUCGUGCACCUUCUCCAACGCCACCGACAUCACCAAGUCCACCUGUAUCUUUGUUGUUGACAAUCCCAACGAACUUAAGCAACUGGCCCUCGAUUCAAAGUUGUUGUUCAUGCAGACCAAGGAUGUGACCACCACCAACAACAAUACCAAAUACGUGUACCUAGAUAGCGCUGCCAAAGUCCCUAUUCGUAUCUUCAUCUCGUCAGUAACCUCUUCCGAAGAUCAACCGAUCAGCAGUCUAUUCUCCAUCGACUGGAUCGACUGGGUGACCACCACCGACCAGCAGAGCUCCAUCUUCACUCCGCCAAGCCACUGCACAGCCUCAGACUUUACCAAUCCAUUCCUCUUGCCAAAGUCCAAGAACCUCGGCCAAUCACCAACCACAGUGGACAAUAUCUCGCCAGCAUUCAGUUUGUUGCUUGAGGAGGAGAUGAACCACCGUCCUGUCAACUCUAUUUUCUGGAGCAUGGAUGCACGUUACCAAACAAUUGAGCAAGACAACGAAUCUGGCGGAGAUACCAUCACCAUCCUUGAUGCUGACACCCUGUCCAACUUCUCCAUCAACUCCUUCUCGCUUCAGUGCAUCUCUCCAGUGUCCAACCCAUUCACCAAUGAUCCUAGACGUUUCCCCAUCUACCGUAUAUUGGCCCAGCAACACCUGCCAGCUCUACCAUGGACUUUGGUCGGCCGCUCCACCCACCGCUCCAUCGAUGUUGACAUAUACAAUGCCACCAUCAAUGCCAGUCCCGAUGGAAUUACCUUGCCCUACAACUACACUGUCAUCAUGAAGAUGGUAGCACCAGGCUGGAAGUUCCCAGGAAGCUACGGAAUCAACUCUGAUUCGAGAAUCCCCUUAGCCAUUGAGUCCACCUACCAGGCUGAUAAUGAAACUGGUGUGGAUCGUUGGGACUUUUACCUGUUCACCCCAGAGAGCGUACCCAAGUCCUACUACAGCCUGGAUGGUCAAUCCUGCUAUCCAAAAAUCCCAGCACAGUACAACGCAACAGUGUUUGCAAACUAUGGAGAUGUUGGUGCCUCCUACUACUACAACGAGAGCUUUGAUGCCGUCCAGGGCUUCUACUACACGGUGGGCAAGUUUGCCGGGCCAAGUGAUAUUGGUUUGGUCAACUACACUGACAACACAUUCAGUAUCAUGAAUGGUGCCGCUACGUCGUCAUGCACCACCUACAACAUCAGCUCUCUGACUGGAUCACUCCAACCUUCCAGUGCGCCAUCCGUCAACUAUCUUCAACCACACCCAAAGAUGGGACCAAUGACCUUGUACGGCAACCAUAUCAUCUAUCAGAACUACAACACAUCAAUCUGGUCCACCACUACCAAGGGCCUUCCCUACUUUGAUGUGGCACACAACAAGACCAUGUUGGCCAAUGCCAACUACAAGUACUAUUGGCGUGUGGCUGAUUCUGGUUGGGUGCCCUUCAGAGUGGAGACUGAGUACUUUGUGAUGGACGCUGACGUACUGAUCAACACAUUCACCAUCUCACUGGAGUGGAUCUCCUUCAACCCCGUGGCCCAGAACCUCAGCUCCCUUCCAACACCCCAAACCUCCAACUGUGUUGCCAGCAAUGACUCUGCUGUGCCUCUCACCAACUACCUGCCAGAGAGAACGUUCACACUUCCACCACUGUUGAAGGAGACACACCAACCACUGUUGGCCUCUUCCUUCUCUGCCCUUGUUGAGAUCAAUCAAAAGAGUUACUCUGCCGAUCACGCCUACUCUUCCAGAAGGACAUUGAUACAAUGGGAGUACGACGUCAACACGUUGGCCGAGUUCUUCAAGGUGUACUAUCCCGAUGGUACCUCGAACAACUUCACCUUCUGCUACCUGCACAACAUGGGCAUUGGAAUGAGCUUCUACUCACUCAACGGCAAUCCCUUCCAUCUGGUGAACACUCCACUCAAGCUGAACCCUCUAGGUGAAGGAACCAUAUUGUCCAGAGUGAUCUACAAUCAGACAUCCUACCUAAAGUCCGCCAAGCUCAACCCAAUGUACUCCUAUCUCAGCGGUAUCCCAGCAGAGAACUGGACCACCGAUGGCAGUGGCACUGACAACUUUGUCUCCAUGUUCUGGUAUCCAUAUGGCUGGCAGUUCCCAUCCAACGCCCAGAGCCAACGUGUACCAAUGGGCAUUAGCCACGAGGAGAACAACGACAAGAAGAAGUACUUUGAGACUUGGGAGUUCCUUCAGUUCCACAACACUCUGGCAGGACCACAGUGGGCACAGGUGUGUUACAACGCCACCAAGGAGAGUCCAAGCAUUUUCAACCAGGGCUUGUCCACUCGAGUGAUUGCCAUCAUCAUCGCAGUGUGCACACUGAGCACCAUGUUCAUUGGAGUGGCCAUCUUCUGUUUCAUUAAGAGUCGUGAGGCCAAGGAUGUCCCACACCAUGUGCUUCUCGAGGAGAGAUCAGACAUGCGUCAUCAAUUGAACAAUAAUGAUGAUGAUGCCGAUGAUGACAGUAGCAGUAGCGAU